AUGGGCUCCUCCGAGAACCAGACCGCUGCGCCGUACCUGCGAUACAUCCCCCUCUCCUAUAGCCCCGCGGACUCUCAGGCAUCCGCUCUUCGCCUGAUCUUGACCCUUUUUCCCCACUGGGAAGGCCCGGGCAAUAAGAUCGAGUUCGUGCGCUUCACCGAUGGCAUCACCAAUACCCUUUUGAAAAUUAUCAACCGCAAGGCGGGCUUGUCAGACGAGCAGGUAGACAAUGAUGCCGUAUUAAUGCGCGCAUACGGCAAUGGCACCGAGAUCCUCAUAGACCGCGAAAGAGAAACUACAUCCCACGCCCUUCUCGCCAGCUGUGGCCUCGCCCCUCCCUUGCUCGCUCGUUUCAAUAAUGGCCUUCUGUACCGCUUCAUUCGGGGUAAGCCCUGUGGCCACGAGGACCUGACAACCGCUCCCAUUUACCGUGGUGUUGCGCGACGACUCGCCCAGUGGCAUGCGGUUCUCCCCAUUACAGGGGCUGUUCCUGCCCCCGGUGCAGAUUCGACCAUGACCAAUGGCGAGAGAUUGGACUUUGAUCUGAUCCAACCGCGUCGCGCGGGGCCCUCCAUGUGGGCUGUCCUCCAGAAAUGGAUUAUCGCUCUUCCGGUGGCCACGCCUGAGCAGCGGGCCCGCCGGUUAAGCCUGCAGCAAGAACUCCAAUGGGUGAUUGGCAAGCUCGACGAUGGAAAGGGUAUCGGUGAAGACGGGCUUGUUUUCUCUCACUGCGAUCUGCUUUGCGCCAAUGUGAUCGUCUUGCCCAGCGACGAGAACUCUAAGCCAUCCGAUGAAAUCAUCCCUGUCAACUUCAUUGACUACGAAUAUGCCGUCCCUGCCCCAGCGGCAUUCGAUAUUGCCAACCACCUGGCUGAGUGGAUCGGUUACGACUGCGAUUACACCAUGAUCCCCACGCAAUCCGUUCGACGUCAAUUUUUGACCGAGUACACAAAGAGUUAUAUUGAGCACCGCAAGUUGGAUACCUCAUCCGAAGGCGAGAUCGUCACCAGAUUAUUUGAAGACGUCGAUCGAUUCCGUGGUAUUCCUGGUCUGUACUGGGGUGUAUGGGCUCUUAUCCAAGCCCAAAUUUCUCAAAUUGAUUUCGAUUAUGCCAGCUACGCCGAGCUCCGUCUAGGCGAGUACUUCGCCUGGAAGCGUGAAAUGGAUGGCACUCGCCAAACAAGCGGAGAGGACAUGCCCCUCCGUGAGCAGCGCUGGGCGCAGCAGGCAUAA